GCUGAAGCGAGCUCGCCAUUUGUCGAAGAUACCAACCCUCGUCUCGUCGUCUGUCCCGUCCUGCACUCAGACAGACUUACAAUCCGAUAUGCAUCAUUCUUAAAGGUCACCAUCACCCUCCAUAAAGCAGCCAAUGGCAAUUGUGCCUUCGAGGUGAAAAGUCAAGUCACAUCCUUUCACAGACCGUCUACGAGCCGAAAUGAUUCGUGCUCCUCGACCCACCAGUCCAUGGCUCGAGUCCCGCCAGUUCGAGUCCGGUCGAGGGUCGUGCAGGGAAUUGCAAAAGUGGAUGACAAAUGA